UUCCUGCUUUGCACUGUGAAAUCAAUAAACUUCAGCACAAAAGUAGAAAAAGCGAGGAUACCGAGGAUCUGUCAGCAUACUGUCCUGCUGAAUGAGGACAGUCCGUUACAUUUCCACCCUGGGCUGAUUCCUGUCUCCAAGAGGGGAUCCAACAUGGUGCACGUCUACAACUGCCAUCCUUUCGCCUCACAGCAGAUAGUACAGGUGGAGCAGGAGCCUGGACUGGUCUGCUGUGGAGGGGGAGCUCUGUUUGUGGUGGCGACUGGAGGAUGCAAGGUGGAGGCUUACAAUGUGGAGCAGGAGGGCUGCCCUUUCAUCUGUCGCUUUGCCACCAUGGGCACUGUGAAGAGCAUCCAGCACAGCAAGAUGGGAGAUUACCUGGUUACCAUUGAGGAGAAGAACAGCGCCACUUACCUGAGAGCCUACACCAACUGGCGUUAUCAGGCGGAGGGGAAGGCCCGGGUCGGGGUGCGUUUGUUGGGCCACCUGCUGCGAGGGGCGUCUGUGCGGGGCGGGGUGCAGAUGGAGAUCAUCGAGAUCCCUCUUUCAAAGCGCCCUGUUGCCGUGGCAUGUUGUCCGGUGACAGGAGACCUUCUGGUCGGCUGUGAGGACACUCUGGUCUUGUUCGCCUUGAGGAGACAGAACCAGCAGAGCCUGAAUCAGAGUCAGCAGAUCCUUCAAAGCACCUCGCAGAACUCCAGUCAGAAUCAAGCUCAGUCUCCAAGUCCAAACCAGAAUUUCCUGGAUUUUGAACGCUCAGUUAUCUUGCAUCUCCCAAAAAUCGAGCCUAAACAGGUGGCACUGUGUGGAGGUUAUGUGGCAGUGCAGAUGGAGCUGGAGGUGCUGGUUUUGAAACUGGAUGCAUCUUCUGAUCCUAAAACCCAGGAAGAAUCAUCAGACACAAAUACAACAGAUCAUAUAGAUGACCAGGCUGACUUCAUGGUCCUUCCGAGACACCAGGAGUUGCUGGGUGAUGUAGCUAAAGACUGUGACAUUCCUGUCAGCAUUGAGAAUACUGGGUUGGAGGACGGAAAAGGACAAUACACGCUAUCAUAUGUUCUCUUCAGGCGUUUUACUCCAGACUUCUUCCAGGGCUGCAGUGUGGAGGAAACUCAACUCCACUCACUGCAGCUUUACCCACUGUACACCAGUAACCAAUCCGUGCCUCUGGAAGAACCAGCAUGUGUCUUCUGCUUCUUCUCUCUCCCAAACGCUGGCUACCUGUACAGUCUGAAGGGUGGUGUCGAGCUUCUCUCCACCUAUCAGUAUCCAGAGAAAGUCCUGAAGGCGGUGCUAACGGACCACCUGCUGCACGUCAUUACAAAGAGUGCAUUGCAGUGUUUCACAGUGCGCUGUGCAGCAGUAGCAGCCAGGAUUGUGGACCCUUACAUCGACACCACCAUGAAGGCCUGUCCGCCCUGCAGCAUGGAGGUAUGUGCGCUCAGGAUUCAGCUGUUUAUUGGUCUGCGAUCAGUGUGUGUCGACGGCAGCCAUGUCAUCCUGCUCUCCGUUGCUGACACAGAGACACCAGAGGAACCUGAACGCACCCCGCAACGCAGACGCCUGGGCAGGAAAUGGACGAUCUCCUCUCCCAAAGAAACCAGCCCAGCAGGACACGGGUGGAACCUGUAUGUGGUCGACAGCGUCAGCCCCCUCACUCUUUACCAAGAGAUGGUCGAAUACAGCGAGCGGUACGCAGAGACCAACCCGCAGGCCCAAAGCCUUCGGCACCUCCUGAGUGAAGCUCACCUCUUCCUCCGCGCCUCCUUACUCAGGACAGAGCCAUCAGAGCAGCCACGAAACAUCGAGGGUGAAGCCGCCGUGACUCUGCAGACAGAUACAGACGCACCAGCUGAGAGACAGACAGCUGCACAGACAGACAGGCAGGAGGUGGAGGAGGCACUCAGGCACAACUGUGCACAGCUGGGAGACUGUUUCAGCAGGGGCAGUCAGAAGGACUGCCAUCUGGCCUUGCCGUACUACAGGAUGUCCGGUCUGUCAGUCACAGAAGUCAUGGCCAGAAACCGCCCACUUCCCAGCAGCCCUCACACCUACGGCCCUGGCUUCCUGUUUUACCUGAAGCAUUUCCUGUUUGAAGAAACAGAGCAGACUCUCAGCCAGGAGGCAGCUGAUGAUGUCAUAGACAUUUUCAGCCAAUCAGAGCCCUCACAGCUCGUCAGUGUGUGUGCCAGCCCGUCCAUGAUAAACCUCAGUCCCGCCAAGACGCUGCAAAUCCUAAUACAUCAGGAGGACACGUGUGGUGUGUCUGUUCUUCUCACAAUCACCAUGGCAACCAUGAUGCUGUGUUUGGACGACCUGCCACAGUACACACAGCUGAUGGAGAGACACGCCGAGAUGCUGCUGGUGUACAGGUUCAUCGAGGAGCCCAGGCUGCUGCUGCACGGCGGAGUUGGAGGCCAGCACACACACAUCCGUCCCACACGACUGACCCGACAGCUGGCAAAGUCCCAACCAGGACUGCUGGUGGCUGCCAUGGUGGCUUUACAUGAAAACAGCAAAGUUCAGCUGGAACAGGCUGAUCACAUAUUCAAGGAGCUGGGCUGUGAGAACUGCUUGCAGGUGGAUUUCUGGGAGGCGAUGCUCAUGGCCUCCUCACAAGAAGCUGUCAUCCAGGAGCUCCUGUUCCGACUUGUGUCCAUCUAUAUUGACCGACUCACAAACACAACCUCCGAUACACACCUCAACGAACCACACACACCUUCAAGACGAAGGCCGCUGAAGAGCGCUGACGAUCUGAUAAACUCCUGCUCUCAUUACGGUGCUCUCUACCCGUGGCUCACUGUUCUCAAUCCAGCUCACACUACCAGCUCCCAACACCAGGAGGCGCUGUACAAACUACAGUCUCUGCUGUGUGGUCCGUCUCUGUCUGUGGGCUCCGUCGUGCCUCUGAUGGAGCGUCUGUCAGAGGAAACUUUGUGGGGCUUCAGCCUGCACCUCCUCUGCUCCACCAGGAGGGGGCAGUAUGACCGCAGCAUUGAGAAGCUGCUGGACCGAUGUCCUCAGGCCAUCAUAGCCUACGCCAACCACCAGUUACAGGACACACAUAUGAUGUUGUGGUGGCAGAAGCUGCUCCCUGAGCUUUGUAACAGGACGAGAGCUGCUUCAGACAACAGCAUCCUAUUGGCAGCCCUCAAAGAGACGCUGGUUGUGGUUGCCAUGGAAAUGAGUCCAACAGACUUUCUGGAGCUGAUACCCGACGACGGGACGGCCUCCUACUUCCUGCCUUACCUGUUGACCUGCAGCCAGAGACAUUUAAUGGCCUGAGACACACACACACACACACACACACACACACACACACACACACACACACACACACACACACACACACACACACACACACACACACACACACACACCACGUACACUGUACUUAAAUAUACAAGGACAAAGGUGUCAGUUGUUCAUUCAAACUGAUGCAUAGAAUAACUAUAUCCCAUUGUUUGCUAAUGAACUGCUGCACCGAAGCAAAUUGCGGGUUGAGUUGUUCCGUUGCUGUAAACGGUCCUAACACUGGAGUGAAAGGACAACCUGGCAACAAUGAAAACACAAAGCUGUCUCUCUAGUCUCUAAUGUUGUGACAAGCUCUGUUUGUCAUCAGACAAUCAUGUACAGGUUUUUGCAUGUUUACUUGACCAACUUUUGAUAUAUAUAUAAAGCAAUUAAUAUGGAUGUUUUAUCUGUGUUUUUAACUUAAUAGAACAAUAAAAUACUGUAUGCAGGAAACACAAGACCAGACUAUAGUAUAUAAAGCAGACCCUGCAGAGAAGAUAGUAAUCAUGCUUUCCAAUUUUGAGUUUUGUUUGUCAUUGCGUGUUCAUUUUUGUUACAAUUUUAAAGAUAUGUAUCUAAAAGUGGUCUUUAGGCUUUAUGUUGAGAUACAAAUGUAAUGUGUUGCUACUAACAUUUUAUUUAAUAGAGUGUGUUGUCCUAACACUAGUGCCUAAAUGCCUAAAACCUGGAAGUCACUUGGUUUAAACUAGUUAAAAGCUGCAAGAUUGUGAUUUUAUUUGUCAUGAAUUGCGGAAGUUUUUACUUGUUGGUCACUCAAAUAGAAAGUAGUUUGAAUAUAUCAGUCCACUUUUGAUUUAUUUUAAUUGUAUUUCACUCACAACUUCCUCAUUUGGUUAACUCAACUAUGUGUGCUGAUCCCUUAGUUGACACAUGAUCAUAGAUUGUUGAGUGUGUGUGUGGUUUUCUUUUGUCAUAACAGUUUCACCAGAGAAAUUAGGUGUGACUUUGAUCAUAUUGACCCAGAUUAGAUAGUAUAGCACUAUGCUGUGUAACUGCUGAAAUCUGCACACUUUAUCAAGGUUUGUUUAGCAAUCAUUAAACCGGCCUGAUGUUUUUAGCUGUGGAUUCAAAGACAUUUAUUCUUUAAUGGACGAGCAAAGACAAUACACAUAGAUCCUAACAUAUCUGUGUUUUAAUUUUAUAAGCAAGUAUUUUGUAACUUGGAUUAUUGACAAUGAAACUUACUCAAAUCAAAA